AUGGCGUCCGAGAGCACAGUUACUUCAGAGUGGAUUCAAUUUUUUAAGGAUGCUGGUAUUCCCGCUGGCCUUGCUGUUACAUAUGCAGUUUCAUUUGUAGACAACAGAAUCCAAAAGAAUAUGCUCAUGGACCUGAGUAAAGACAUAAUGAUGGACCUUGGUAUCACAGUCAUUGGUGACAUAAUUGCCAUCCUAAAACAUGCCAAACAAGUGUACCGACAGGACAUGUGCAAAAUGGCCACAGACGCCAUCUCCUCAGGGCAGACCAGUGUGCAGGCUGAGCUACGAAGAACUGCAAAUACCCCUGCCACUCGCAUGAUUGCAAAUGCUUUAAGCCAUGACUCUCCACCAGCAACUCCAGUGCGACGAGGUGACCACCGCCUUUCUGUUACAGUGUCCAAUGUCCCAGGAAACAAAAAGAACAAAGCAGUUGUAAGUCAGCCAGCAGAUGAAGUGAAGAGUGUUCCUGCUGCGAAGCGGCGACGUGUGACUGCUGAGAUGGAAGGCAAGUACGUCGUCAACAUGCCCAAAGGCACUACGGCACGCACACGCCGCAUCCUGGCUCAGCAAGCCAAGAAAGGUUUAAAGCGCACUUCUGUGUUUGCAAGGCUUGGAGCUGAAUCAAAGGUUGACACAACUUCAAGUAACAAUAAACCCACUGGAGUGUUCAGCCGCCUGGAUUUAGCUCAUGAAGAAGACCAGACAAAGCUGGUGCACAGAAUAACUGAAGGUGAAGAGAGUGAUGGAGAGGGAUCUGUGCUUCAGUAUGCAGGCGUCCUCAAAAGAAAUGCCCCCACUCCAAAGAAGGAACCUAAAGUGUCAAAGCCCACAACCCUACGACGACUGGGAGGCAAAUUCAAACUGCCGCCAUCUGACACGCCAACUUCAUCCACCAUUAAUGGCCUUCCCUUGGCAAAAAUUAGUGUGCUCCAGAGACUUGGCACGCCUCUGAGCGCUGCCUGCCCCCCUCCUGAUGAACAGGACAAUCGAUGCUUUGCGGCAGGGGUUAUGCUGUGUGCGCUGUCCGUGGUGCUGAAGCUGCGCUUACCUCGAGCAUCUCUCGCGAAAGCACCUCACAGAACAGGUCUGUUUUUCUCGUCACGGCGUACGCUGUAG